AUGUCAAAUUUGCAGAGAUAUUUAACCAGUAUGUAUACUUAACCCGCCUUCAAUUGUUACUAACACAACAAAUUGGAACGGAUCAAAAAAAAGCAAAAGAACCAAAACGAGAGACACAAUGUGGAAUUGCAGAGUAAUUUUAUAUAUAUAUGUAUCCCCAAACCACAGAAACCCCAAAUUACAAAGGAUGCCUUGCCCUCCCCUCACGUCGACCAAGCCAAGAAGACUUGUGAAAACGCGACUCGGGUCGCGUUUGUUUAAUUGGUUUUCAAUUUUGACACCUCUCCAGCUAUUGCUGUGUGAAUUGGGAAAAGAUUAUAUCACAUCCAGUGUGUAUUAUUAUUGUUGAUAUUUAUUACUGUUAUUAUAUCAACAACAACAUGGUACACCACUCCACCUUGCAAGAAUGCAAAGUCCCACUGCUCACUAUUUUUUCUUUUACACUUUUGUUCGUUCGUUUUAGAAGUGAACCGAAUAGAGUGUAAUGAGAAAUUUCGCCAAAAUUUCCCGAAUUGAAAAGAUGGACAUAUUUUUCCAAAUAACAAUUGCAGACUUUUAGAGUUUUAUCUUUUGUUGUUUUUUUUUCUUUUUCAACUCCACCGCUGGCCAAAUAUUGAAAAGGAACAAAGUGCUACGGAAUAAAGGAGAAGGGUGAAAACUUUGAGCAAUUAAAUUCACAUCACAUCAACAAAAGAGAAAAGUCGAAAAUAAAAAAAACGGGAAAAGGAAGCGGGCGAAAGCUUUUUAAAGGAAUAAGAAACACAAUUCCGAGCUUUUUCGCUAAUACCACUACUACCACUACCUUCACUAUUACCAACACUACCACUACUACUACCGCCACUGCCACUACCACCAUCAAAAACCGGCACAAGUCUAACAAGUUCAAGUCCCGAAGGAAACUUACCUCCGUGACUGAAUGACUUGUUUUCUCGAUUCCCUUUUUUUCUCCUUCUUUAAAGUCCUUUUUCAUUCAUAUUGACAAUCUAAACUAUCUAUCGGUGUUAUCUCACAGCUAUCCCUGUUUGACAUCGUUUUACUUGAAAAAAAAAAGGAAUACCACCACCACCAUUAUCACCACCGAUUCCUUCAGUCCACGAGUCCCUUUUUUCAUUCUGGAUUACGCCCUGGCAAACACUUUAAUUUCACUUCGAUUUCCUGCAUUAUCUUCAUCAUCAAAUUGUAUUAAAACCAAAAGUUCAAUCCCUGAUAUACAUAUAUUAUACACACAUUCACAUAAACAAAAGAAAAUUACCUGCAAUUCCUCAUGUCUCGUAUAAACUUACCUCAUUUUGGCAUACUAACAGAUUGUCUUUUAGUUGGUUCCAAUCCAAAUGUUGCAUUUUAUGCAUGGAGAUUGUCUCACACCAAACAGAUUGAAUUAACAGUUGUUGAUUCUCAAAUCGACCAAAAUAAACCAAUCUCAUUCAAAUCGUCUUCACUGAUAGGCUCAACCCUGUUUUCACCGGCUUAUGCAUACACCAGUGUCAAGCAAAUUCCAGCUAGCACGGGCAAAGCCUAUGAUGUUGUCAUUAUAAGCUGUAGCUCAUUGCAAGAGUUUCAAACUACCUGCUUUGAGAUUGCUAAAUUUGUCAAUCUGAAAACUCUUCUUAUAGUGGAGUCGACUGGUUACAUAAACUUAGAACCUUUUAUUUCAAUGAGUUUCCCCAAAUCUUCAUCAAUGUGUGUCAUGUCAAUUAUGAAUGAGAGCGACGUUCGCAAAAUUUCUACUAAUCAAUAUUACCACCAGAUUAAAAAUAAUGACACACGCAUAUACUUUGGAACUAGCUCGAGUCCAUCGAGUAAAACUACUUCGAAUGGAAAUUUCCAAAAAUUCUACAAGUUGCUUCAAACUGUCCAGGAACAGAGUAGUGGAUCCAUCAGUUUACUCAAAUCAGUCGACAAUAAAGAAUUCAUGACCUAUCAGUGGAAAUUGGCACUUCCACGUAUAAUCUUUAACCCUUUGAUGAUUUUGUUUGAAAUUGAGUUUCCAGAACUUUUAAAGGACCAGAUUUUGUCAAAACCGUUGAUAACCGGUCUUUUGAAUGAACUUUUCAAGCUUGUUAAAAAGAUGGAUUGUAAAUUGGUCAAGGGUUUUGAAAAUGAAGCAAAUUUGAUCAAAAGCUGGAGCAGAUCAUUCCCGGAAACUAAAACCAAUGAUCAUUUUAUGAAAUCGCCCGUGUUGUUUUACAAUUACUACAAAAAGUUUGAUCUUGAGCUUGAUUUGUUGCUUUUGCAACCAAUCCUUUUGAGUGACGAUAGCGGGCUUAAAACUCCAUAUUUGGAAAAUCUUUACUCGGUGAUGUGCCAAUUCAACAAGAUCAAUACGGGCGAAGCAUUGUUUUUCAAGAGAAAGCUUGCCGAUGAUACAGAUGCCGACUCGCUGCCGCUGCUGCAGCGGGCGAAUGCUUUGGAUGCUGACAUUCAACUCAAGACUAAGAAGCAGUUUGAAUUGAACAGAGCACUCAACGACCUCGAAACAUCUAAAAUCAGCAUGGAGAAUGAACUUCUUAAAGAAGAAACCAAUUUGAGUGCAACUAGGGAAAAAAUUGCUGAAGCCGAGGCCAGAUUGUCCAGAUUGCAGAGCGAUUACCAGUCCAGAUCCAAGUCAUUGGAGGUUGAGCACGAGGCCAAGCUUAGGUCCUUGCAUGAAGAGUACAAUCAAAAGAUGAGAAAUCUCGAUAUGAAUUUCCAAAGGCAGAAACUCGCCAACAACCCACCAGCUUCGGCAAGGCAGUUGAACUCGACACAACCCGACCAAGCCGCAACAGCAAACGGGAUCAAGGAGUCGACGCUGACGCAGGAUGGAUUGAGUGAUUUGAAACAUAUUGUGCAGUAUGGUGCAGACAUGGAUGAAAAUAAAGCGGUUACUCCGAAUGGAACUCCCGGACUCGAUACUUAUCAAGAUGCCGGUGAAUUUGCACCUCGUAAUGUCCAGGACUCGAGGCCAAGACAAGAUGGUGGAGUCCAAAAUUUCGACGGUGCUCAGCAAUAUCCCCAGCAAAGAGCACCUGCACCACCACAGAACUACUAUGGUUACCAACAGUCUGGUCCUCUACCACCACAACAAUACCCACAACAACAUCCCCAACAACAGUAUCACCAGCAAAGACAGUUUCUGGGACUGAACGGGCCAGCUUACAAUGGUCCUCCACCUCAGGGCGGUUACUUUGAUCAGCUCCCACCACACGGUUUACCCUCAGGAGGCAUGGCCCCAAACCAAUUCCCACCCAAUUUGAAAUCUCAGGGCUCCAGCUCAAACAUGCAGAAAUUCAAUCACUACCAAGCGCAAAUGAGUGGUAAUUACAAUCAGCAGCAAAUGCCGCAAUCGAGAAGGUUGAGCUCGAUGCCAGGAGGGCUUAACGGGUACCAAGAUUUCCAACCGCAACCGCAACUGCAACCGCAACAGCAACAGCAACAGCAACCGCAAGUUUACCCUCCGCAGCAUUAUGGAAACCAUGCAAGUUUCAACAAUGCCGCGCCAAUUGAUCCAUUUUUUGAGAGCCGGUUCAAGAACAACAAGAAGAACAACCGUCGCUCGAACAUGCCUCAACUUUCCGGUAAUCUUGACGGGUUAGACAUGGGCGGUCGCGGAGGUAUGCCCCAGCCUGGCACUCGUAAAUCGUUCAACUCUCCUCCUCAAGCGAGAAGAUCAUCAAGCAAUAUGAUGUUGUUGCAAUCACAAGCAAAUGCAUCCUCGAUGACUCCACAGCCAGACCAUCUUCAACAGCAACAGCAACACCAGCAACAACCUUCAGUUCAAUCUACUACGAAUCAUGCCAGCUACAUGAACCCCCCAAAUAUGAACAGCUCUUCAUCAUCUACAAACACCAACGACACACCGGUUACAAGUAAUGAUUCGAAUGAGCACAAUGUUCACUUGCAAAUUCCCUCACAGCAGCAGUCGGCACCACCUCAGACUCAGCGGUACGACGAUAGCAACGCCAAGCCACUUGGGGGAAUUGCCGAGUCAAACUUGACUGGCGCGGUGGCUAAGAAGAAGAAGAAAGGGUUAUUUGGUAGAAGUAAAUAG